AAUAGCAAUACAGAUCAUGUGCACCCCUACAGGCAUGAUUGUGAAUGUGUUGAUGUUUUAUAUGGAUAAAGUUACUUGCUGGAGAAAAUAAUGCAGAGUCUGUAUUAUCAAGAAUUUAUAUGAGAUAGUCAGGGUGAAUCAAGAAUCAGUGGGUAAAAUAGAAAUGAUGAUAAUGGUAAUGAUUUUGACCACUGAAUAACAAACGUUGAUGAUAUGAGUUCUAUUUUUUUUUCAGAUAUACAAAAUAUGUUUCACCUAUGCCAUUAAAAUGAACAUACUCUCCACUUACGUUAUCAUUAAAAAAUGCUUUGUUUUCCAAGCUGGCAUUGGAAUCUCAGCCAACACUUUUCUCCUUUUCUUCCACCUUUUGACACUCCUUCAGAAUGACAGAUCUAAAUUCACUGACCUGAUUUCCUGUCACUUGAGCCUUUUCCACAUACUCAUGCUCCUGACUGCAGUUGCUUUUUUGUCUCCAGACAUGUUUGAGUCACUGAAUUUUCAAAACGACUUGAAAUGUAAGGCAAUUUUUUACAUAAACAUAGUAAUGAGAGGCCUCUCCAUCUGUACCACCUGCUUCCUGUGCGUGUUCCAGGCCAUCACCAUCAGCCCCAGCACCUCAGGGUUGCUGAAAUUUAAACAUACACUUAGAAAUAAUAUUACCUGUAUUUUCUUCUUAUUUUGGUGCCUCAAUUUGUCUUUCAGUAGUUAUAUCAUCAUCUACACUGUAGCUUAUUCCAAUGUGACCCAGAUCAGUCUACUGCAUGUCAGUAAUUACUGUUCACUUUCCCCCAUGAACUCCAUCAUCAAGAGAGUAUUUUUCACUCUGACAACAUCCAGGGAUGUCUUCUUUGUGGGAGUCAUGCUGUUCUCCAGUGCAUACAUGGUGAUUCUAUUAUUCAGGCAUAAGAGGCGAUCCCAGCAUCUUCACAGCACCAGCUUAUUUCCAAGAACCUCCCCAGAGAAAAGGGCCACACAGACCAUCCUGCUGCUGGUGAGUUGCUUUGUGGUCACAUACUGGGUGGACUUAAUCAUCAUAUCCUCCUCCAUUAUGUUAUGGACACAUGACCCAGUUCUUAUGAUUGUUCAGAAGCUUGUGCUCAAUGUCUAUGCUACUGUCUGUUCCUUCGUACAAAUCGGUUCUGAUAAAAGAAUAAUAAACAUUUUGAAAAUAUGCAACAGAAGUGACAACAAAUUUUAA